AUGACCAACGGGCUUCGCAUCAUAAUCCGGGACGAGGGGACCAGAGGUCUGUUCCGGGGAUUGGUGCCGGCCCUUUUCGGCGUUACGCAUGGAGCGCUGCAGUUCAUGUUUUACGAAAGGCUGAAGAUCUGGCGAAAAAACGCUAAAGAGAACAUUGACCCACCUUCUACUGGCAGCGGAGGAGGAGCUCCGGUAUCAGAAGAAAAUACGAAAAAGGGACUGAGUAAUCUCGACUUCCUUACACUUUCUGCAACGUCAAAGAUUAUGGCCGGAUCAAUCACAUAUCCAUACCGUGUCGUGCAGACGCGGAUGCAGACUUAUGACGCCGAUGCCGUGUACUCGUCCGCUCGGGACGCCGUGAUAAAGAUAUGGAGAAAUGAGGGUGUUGGGGGAUUUUACAAAGGGUGA